GAGAGACCAGCAACUGAGUCAGGAUACCUUCCUUCGAACGAGGAACAACGAAGGGCUCUUUUGGUAGGGGGAAGGUACGCACAGUACUUUUCACCUUGCGAGCUCUUACGAUGCCCUUCAACGGCGGCAGUUCUGGCUAAAUUCAUCAGCAAGAUUCUAUCAUCCGAUGUUCACGGAAGUUAAUGACUGUUAUUCAACUCGGCUACAUACCUUUCUUCACAAUCUGGUAAGCAAUAGUCAGGCAAACGUUCACGAAACCCGAAGGACCCAAGCGGCCCUAUAAAAACAUGGUAUAGUCAUCAUUUUCUCUCUGUUCUCUUACAGCAGCAAUCACUGAUUGUGGCAUGUCUGGAUUUAGCUCCCCUCUUUUACGCGUCCCUCGCGGUCAUGCGUGUGUCCGUUGUCGACAGCGUAAACUGAAAUGUAGUGGAACGAGACCGACAUGCACCGAGUGCGAACGCGCGAAUGCCGAAGAUGAAUGUGAAUACAUUGGGAAGACUGAACGGUCCAAAACAUCCAUCCUACAAGACGAAAUAGACCGUCUCCAAGCUCGUGUACGCGAUCUAGAAAAAGCUGGCCCUAUUCUCCUGCAGCAACCUUACAAGGAAACUUCACGUCCAAGUAAUCAUACUUCCGAAUUGUCUGAGGAUUUAUCGAAACAGCUCAUUGUAACGUUCAUGGAAAACGCGAAUGAGCUGUGCUUUUUCCUGAAUUCUGCUAGAUUCCGUGUGUGGAUCGAGAAUCCGGUGCAGCAACAUCGUGCUCCUCCACCAGCCGCUCUAAUGAGCGUUGUUCUUUUAUGGGGAGUGCAUCUCUCCCAAGAUUCUACGCUGAGACAACUGGAAGAAGACCUAUUCGCUCGUGUCUUGCGCGAAACUGCCGGUAUAUCUUCUGCACACCGUCCUGAUAAUUUUCUGUACAAUCUACAAACCGAAUUCCUUCUCGCUCGUUAUCUCUUCUCGACAGGAAAGAUAAUAGAGGGGAGAUAUCACGUCUCAUGUGCUCUUUCGAUCGGAGUUGGAAGCGGGAUCAAUAAGAUACGGUCCAACCAACCCCCGCCCCCCAGAUAUGCUGCGAUAUCAUUAUUACCACCGGUAUCCGAUAUGAUUGAAGAAGGUGAGCGGAUUCGGUGCUGCUGGUCUGGCUUUAUGCUGGAUAAAAGUUGGGCUGCGGCGUUGGAAACGAGCUCGGAUAUGCUUUGUCCCGCAGAGAUUUCUGGCGCUCAGACGGACACUCCUUGGCCUCAAGAUGAAGAAGUAUACGAGCAAGGAGGAAAUCUCCUUCCAGAAGGGUAUAGCUUCACCACAUUAAAUUUCAUUAGGGGGACUCCAACUUCGGAUCUUGGGGACUCCAUCGAAGCAACAUUGGUUAAAGCAGUUUUCUGCUGGGAACGUGCUUGUAAUUUGACUAAGGAUACUUGGACAUUGUCUUCGGAAGAGUACAUUGAGUACCUCAUCUCAUACGACCAACGUCGACAAUGUAUAGCAAGAUUCAUCUCUACAUUGACUUACUCGGAGGACAUCGAGGGUCUCAUUCCCUCGAAGGCCCUCAAACGACUCAAAGCACACAGUAUGGCUCACGCUGCUAACAUUGAAAUCCUCAGGAUACUUCCAUCCUUCGAACAAAAUGAAGACAACCAAACGCAAACUCGGUCUAUGGUAUCAUCCGCAGAAGAAAUUAUGAAGCUACUUGCGUCGCCUUUACUUCGUCCUAUCCAGUAUAUCGACUCGGUUAUGGGGUCUGUGUGGAAGCUCGCUUAUCAGGUCCUUGCUGAAGAAAUCAUAAGAUUGAAGCUCGAAACUCUGCACUGGGAAAUAAUAUCGGAUCUACUAGAGACUAUGAAAAAUGCAGUGACGGUUAUAGCGAGAUUGUCAAAGACCUGUGUGUUUAUGAGAUAUCAGCUUCACGAAAUUCAGAAAAUCGUAGCGAGUGUACACUAAGCUUGGACAGGGAAUAAACUUGAAUAAAAACAACUUUUUGCGGACUCUGAUUAAACAAACGUCACACCAGAACUACAGGUAGAAUUGAAUACUAAGGAAACCCAGCUUUGUCGAAGAAGACUCUCAUAUACCAGCAUGAACACUCCUCGUGCGCGAUCUGGACAGCUCUCACGUGAGCGCGUUUCGCAAAUGGACCACUGAGUCCGCACUGCCAUUGCCCUGCAGAGCGUAUUGUGCUUGGACUAUCGUGGCGUCGAGGUCGACGUGGUGCACCUAUGCAGCGAAAUGUUUCAAUUCGAUGGUUGAUAGGAAUGAUCUAGAUGCAAGGAUUAUUGUUUUGUGCUGAAAGGAAUAUACAUGGCAGAGACAUCGCAUAUAUCCCUCGGAAAGUCUCCCGUCCGUAUCUCUUUUCACCCAAACACGGCUCAGAUUGAAGUCU